UCCUGCAAGAUGAUGAGUUCUAAUCAGGAGGAGGUCACUUUGGGCGCUUUUCUCCAGUAUAUUGAAGAUAUGGGGAUGAAGGCCUAUGAUGGCUUGGUCAUACAGAAUGCAUCAGACAUUGCUCGAGAGAAUGAUCGCAUGAGGAAUGAAACAAACCUGGCUUACUUGAAAGAAAAGAGUGAAAAACGCCGAAAGCAAGAAGAAGCAAUAAAACGCAUAGGUGGAGAAGUAGCAAGAGGAAAUGAAGGCAGCUACGUGGGGAAACAUUUCCGCAUGGGAUUUAUGACAAUGCCUGCUCCUCAGGACAGACUGCCACACCCCUGCUCCAGUGGCUUCACUGUCAGAUCUCAGUCUCUUCAUUCAGUUGGAGGAACUGAUGAUGAAAGCAGCAGCUCUCGAAAGCAGCCGCCUCCAAAACCGAAGCGAGACCCCAACACCAAACUGAGCACCUCGUCUGAAACAGUCAACACUGGAACAACAAGCAAAAGUGGGAAACUACCAGACAGGACUGAAGUGUCAGCCAAACCAAGACCUCACAGUGAUGAGUACACAAAGAAGAUUCCACCUCCUAAGCCGAAACGAAACCCAAACACUCAGCUAAGCACAUCUUUUGAUGAAACAUAUAUCAAAAAGCAUGGUCCUAUGAAGACAAGCCUCACUAGAGAUGCCUCACUCUCGCAGGUCAGCAGUCCUGCUCCAGACACAGAGGAAGAAGAGCCUGUUUAUAUUGAAAUGGUUGGGAAUAUUCUCAGAGACUUCAAAAAAGAUGAGGAUGACCAAAGCGAAGCGGUCUAUGAGGAGAUGAAAUACCCUAUAUUUGAUGACGUAGGCCAAGACUCAAAAUGUCAAUGUGAAUAUGACCAUCACACUUGUUCUUCUCAGUGUGCUACUCCCACAGUGCCUGACCUAGAUUUCACCAAGUCUCCAGUGCCAUCUACUCCCAAGGGCUUGCUUUGUGACAUACCCCCGCCAUUUCCAAACCUGCUUUCUCACAGACCUCCACUGCUGGUGUUCCCACCAGCACCAGUGCAGUGCUCCCCAAAUUCUGACGAGUCUCCUCUAACUCCUCUAGAGGUCACAAAGCUUCCCGUCCUAGAAAAUGUGUCUUACAUCAAACAGCAAGCUGGAGCUUCUCCUUCUUCACUGCCACCUCAUACACCAGGCCAUCAAAAACUGGAGAAAGACCAGACAGUAUCUCAUGGAACUAGCACCCCUGGGCACACCUCCUCACCUCCUCAUCCUUCUACCUUAUACAGAACGCAGUCUCCACACGGUUAUCCUAAAAGUCACUCUGCCUCACCUUCUCCUGUCAGUAUGGGUAGGUCUCUUACCCCCUUAAGCCUCAAAAGACCUCCACCUUAUGACUCUGUACAUUCAGGAAGUCUCUCAAGAAGCUCUCCAUCAGUGCCUCAUUCUACAGCCAGAAACACAUUGCAAGAAGGAGGGAAGAUGGUCAGUGUGUCGGUCAGCACCUACGGGUCAUCCUCUCAGAGCAGUUCCCGCUCUCGCACACCCACCAGUCCUCUGGAGGAGCUAACCAGCCUCUUCACCUCAGGACGAAGUCUCCUGAGGAAAUCCUCCAGUGGCAGAAGAUCUAAGGAACCUGCAGAAAAACCACUAGAUGAGCUGAAGAUCAGAAGCCACAGCACUGAGCCACUACCAAAGCUGGAAAACAAAGAGAGAGGACAUCAUGGGACAGCUUCCUCCAGGGAGCCAGGGAAAGCUCAGGAAUGGGAUGGAACACCAGGCCCCCCCAUGGUGUCCAGCAGGCUGGGGAGAUCCUCCGUCAGCCCAACCAUGCUGGCUGGAGGCAACAGCUCAGAGUCCAAGUCCAGCUGCCGGCUGGGCCGCUCCGCAUCCACGUCAGGAGUGCCUCCUCCGUCGGUGGCGCCGCUCAGGCAGCCCGGCGACCUCCAGCCGAGCCAGGUGACGUGCAUGCAGUGGUUGCAAGGGGACCAUACGAUGCUGGACAUGAUUGAAAAAAAGCGUUGCCUCUGCAAAGAGAUCAAAGCUCGACAGAAAUCAGAGAAAGGACUCUGCAAACAGGACAGCAUGCCUAUUUUGCCGAGUUGGAAAAAGAAUGCUGGGACCAAGAAAUACAGCCCUCCUCCUUAUUCCAAACAACAGACUGUUUUCUGGGACACUGCAAUUUGACAGGCUUGUGGAGGAUGCCCUCUCCACUGUGUGGCACCAAGCACAGGUAG